AUGGUCUUGGGAGGCAAACCAAAAUGUGGUAAAUCCUCCUUGACAAAGCUUGCAAACGCUGAGGCCAAGAUUGCGGAAAAGCAAUGUGAGCAACAUUUUGAAGAAAACUUUAAAACACUUACAGAUGGAAAGUUUGAAGUUAAACUUCCAUUUAAAAAUGAACAGAAUAAAUUGGGUAAUUCUACUAUAAUAGCUAAAAGAAAAUUAGAGAAAAACAAAGAGCUUAGACUGGAAUAUAAUGAAUUUCUUAAAAAAUAUUUGGAAAUGGGUCAUAUGGAAUUGAUAAAAAAUAAUUCGUAUAUGAAUAGUGGGUAUUAUUUACCACAUCAUUGUGUACUUAGGACAGAGAGUACAACAACUAAGUUAAGAGUUGUAUUUGAUGCAUAUUGUAAGACAACAACUAAUGUUUCGCUAAAUGAUAUUUUACAUACUGGUCCUAGGCUGCAAGAAGAUCUUUUUAAGAUUCUAUUAAGAUUUAGAAAACGUCGUUAUGUUUUUUCAGCUGAUAUUGAAAAAAUGUAUAGACAAAUCUGGAUUUCUGAAGCUGACAGAAAAUAUCAGUUAAUAUUUUGA